UUAACAUCAAACUUUUGGUAGCAAACAAACAAUGGAACACCAACGAAACAUACCAGAGUCUCCGGAAUGGUUAGACCAGCACUUGUUUGUAGAAUUUCUAAAACAAGAUAUUCCGAAUUUUAAGAGCAUUGACCAAUUUGUUAUUGAAGAAACUUGCGCCAAAGGCGAAAACUUCACCACUUUGGUACUGCGCGUAAAGUUUGUUGUAAAUAUUGAAGAUGAUAGCCAAGUAUCUGCAUCAUACAUUGUUAAGCUACUGCCAACAACUCUGAGUACCCGGGAUAUGAUUGCCAGCUGGAAGGUUUUUGAUAAGGAGAAGCUUUCAUAUAGCCAGUAUGUGCCACAUUUUGAGGAAAUGUAUGCAAAGGCCAAUAAAAAAAUUAGUUUUGGCGCCAAGUACUAUGAACUGCAUAGCCAAAAAGCAGAAGAAUUAAUCGUUUUGGAGGAUUUGCGUAAUCGAGGCUUUAAAAACACAAAUCGUCAAAUAGGCUUAGAUUUGGAUCAUACCCAAAUUGUGCUGGAAAAAUUAGCCCAGUUCCAUGCAGCUUCGGCAGUAUAUUAUGAGCUAAAGGGACCAUAUCCGAACCUCUACGAUCGAAAUCUUUGCAGUGAAGAGGACAAAUUUCAAGAGUUUCGCGAUACCCAAGCCAACUCCCUCAUUGCUGCUCUUCCUCUCUUUGAGGCAGAACACUUGACAUCCGCAUUGAAAUCUUACACUUCAAGGGCACCUGAUAUGUAUCAGGCGUUUGCUGCAAAAUUCGAUAAUGAAUUUCGAUGCCUCAACCAUGGAGACUUCUACUGCAAUAAUAUUAUGUUUCAAUACGAUGAAAGUGGUCGGAUUUCCGAAACAUACUUUAUAGAUCUGCAAAUGAGUCGCUAUUGCUCGCCAGCUCAAGAUCUAAUUUAUUUUAUACUUUCCUCUGUUUCGAUUAAUCUGAAACUCUCGAAAUUUGAUUAUUUAAUAUCUUUUUACCACAGCAAACUAGUUGAAAAUUUGAAACUCUUACAAUACUCUAAGAACUUGCCAACAUUAAGGGAUUUACACAUUGCGAUCUUCAAUCAUGGAGAUUGGGCUUAUCCAGUUAUAUCUCUAUUGUUGCCACUUGUGCUGAUCGAUCCCAAUGAGAAAUCCAACAUGGAUACACUAAUGGAUCAAGAGAAAGAAGGAAAUCAGUUCCGUAACACAAUGUUCAGCAAUCCUCGAGUUAUACAGCACUACAAGCUAAUUUUGCCAUGGGCGUUCAAUCGUGGAUUAUUUGAAUAUGAAAAAAAGCAAAACUGAAGCUAGUUUAUAUUAUUGUAGAGUACAAAUUGUAGU